GGUUCUCGACAGAGUGCAUUGUGGGAAAUCCAAGAUGUCUGCGCCCAUGAGGCAUGUCAGCCGAUGUUGUCAACGACGCAUCUCGAGUUGUCUAAGAGUAUCAGGGAAUAGUGAAUCAAAGACACGCGUCCUCUCUGCGUUUUCUACAUAUUUUGAUACAAAGAAAACUGUCCUUGGCAUCGAAACAAGCUGCGAUGACACCGGUGCAGCCGUUGUUGAUAACAGAGGUCGCGUUCUUGGGGAGGCGUUAAAUUCCCAAGUCAAAGUUCAUGUGGAAGCUGGUGGCAUACUUCCCCCAGUGGCUCGUAACCUCCAUGUAGAGAGCAUUGCUGGAGUUGUACAGGAAGCCUUGGACCGAGCCAGUAUGACAGUCCAUGAUGUGGAUGCAGUUGCUGUGACAGUGGAGCCAGGGCUGGCGCUGUGCCUGAAGGUCGGGUUGGACCAUGCCAAAUCUGUAGUCAGGCACUCCGGGAAACCGUUGAUACCGAUUCAUCAUAUGCAGGCACAUGCUCUCAUGGCCAGAAUGAGUGACAGAGUAGACUUUCCCUUCCUGGUGUUGCUCAUCAGUGGCGGCCAUUGUUUACUCGCGGUGGCGAAAGAUGUUGCGGAUUUUGUGUUGCUGGGAGAGAGUCUGGACGACGCACCAGGGGAGGCAUUUGACAAGAUUGCUCGUCAACUGAAUCUGAAAAAUCUCCCACAAUUCAGUAGUGUAAGUGGUGGUGUUGCCAUAGAAACCUUGGCACGUGAAGGCAACCCCAAGGCCUUUGACCUCCCUCUGAUGCUGACACAGAUUCGUACGUGUGACUUCUCUUUUUCUGGCCUGAAGUCUCAGGCUAAGAGAUUCAUAGCGCGGGAAGAGGAGAGGCAAGGUGUGUCCAGAGAGGAUAUUUUACCGAAUGUAGCAGACAUAUGCGCUUCCUUCCAAUAUGGCGUCCUGAAGCACCUGGCACGGCGGGUUCAGAGGUCGCUGCUCUUCUGUGAGCUGCAUGGUCUGCUGCCAAAACACAAGAAGACCCUGGUUGUGUCUGGCGGGGUUGGCAGCAAUCAGUUCAUCAGAUCAGGACUCCAGAAGGUGUGUGACAUGUACUCCACACAGCUCGUCUGUCCACCGCCUCGUCUGUGUACCGACAAUGGUGUAAUGAUUGCCUGGAAUGGCAUGGAGAAACUGCUGAGUGGACAGGAUUUUUCAGCAGCUCACCCUGAAGCAGUGGAUUUCCAGCCCAAGUGCCCCAUCGGUGAGGAUAUAUCAAGUGCUGUGCGAGAUGCUUCCAUCAAGUUGCCACCACUGAAGCUGUUAUAGCCUGGCAGUGAUGAACGUGCGAGCGUAGAUGAGAAGUAUGAGGAACAUGAGGAGACAUGCAAUACUUUCUGCCGUGAGGAGAUACGCAUACCACAUGAGACUGUGUUCAUCCAUAAGAUACCCCAGAAUUAUGGGGUUCGCCAUGGUCC